GGAACUAUAACCAGAGAAAACCGGAAGAAUUCGCUUAGUAACGACUACUUUUUGUUAGGAAACUUUUAGUGCUCUAUCUAACUCUACCAACGUUAAUUGUCUUUAACGUCUGUUAUUUUUAAAAAGUAUGUGCUGAUUUUUUGUCGUUUUUAGUUUGACCUGUUUAUUAGCUUUAACUCGUACAGGAAGCAUGGGUCGUCAGUUCGGUUUGUUUACACGAUGAAUCAGCUGACGAGCUAACAUUAGCAAACUUGAGUCACAUGAGUUUUUAAUCAAACACCAGUUGUGUCUUCUUAGAUAAAACGCAGUGUUUAAUGAAGAAGCUGACCCAUAAAAACUGAAAAGAAGAGGAGGCCUGCGGAGUCUUCAUGACAAGAUGCCCUGCUCCUGUGGGGACUGGAGAAAAUGGAUUCGGCCGCUGGUCGUGCUGCUGUACAUUUUGCUGCUGAUAGUCGUCUUGCCGCUGUGCAUCUGGGAACUGCAGAAGUCGGAGGUUGGAACCCACAACAAAGCAUGGUUCAUUGCUGGGAUUUUUGUUUUCAUGACCAUACCUAUAUCAUUAUGGGGCAUUCUCCAGCAUCUAGUGCACUACACCCAGCCAGAGCUCCAGAAGCCUAUUAUCAGGAUAUUAUGGAUGGUUCCAAUCUACAGCUUGGACAGCUGGAUUGCACUAAAAUACCCCAGUAUAGCAAUUUAUGUGGACACAUGCAGAGAAUGCUACGAGGCCUUUGUCAUCUAUAACUUCAUGACUUUCUUGCUUAACUACCUGGAACGUCAGUAUCCCAGCUUGGUGAUGAUGCUGGAGGUCCAGGAGCAGCAGAAGCAUCUCCCCCCGCUCUGCUGUUGCCCACCCUGGCCGAUGGGAGAGGUUUUGCUGUUGCGAUGUAAACUGGGAGUUCUGCAGUACACUGUGGUGAGACCUGUCACAACGGUGAUUGCUCUAAUCUGUCAGCUGUGUGAAGUGUACGACGAAGGCAAUUUCAGUUUUAAAAACGCCUGGACCUACCUGGUUAUUUUCAACAACAUGUCCCAGCUGUUUGCUAUGUACUGCCUGGUUCUGUUCUACCGGGCUCUGAAGGACGAGCUGAGUCCCAUCAAACCAGUAGGAAAAUUCUUCUGUGUAAAAAUGGUGGUGUUCGUCUCUUUUUGGCAAGCUGUGCUGAUUGCUUUGCUGGUUAAAGUGGGAAUAAUCUCAGAGAAACGUACCUGGGACUGGCAAAGCGUGGAGGCUGUAGCUACCGGCUUACAGGACUUCAUCAUUUGUGUGGAGAUGUUUCUCGCAGCCAUCGCCCAUCACUUCAGCUUCACCUGCAAACCUUACAUCCAGGAGGCAGAGGAAGUCUCCUGCUUUGAUUCUUUUAUGGCCAUGUGGGACAUCUCAGAUGUCAGAGCAGAUAUUUCUGAACAAGUCCGUAAUGUCGGAAGGACAGUCAUGGGUCGUCCGAAGAAAUCCUACUUCAGCGAGGCCCAAAAUGACGGCGAGCGAUCUGGGCUUCUGUCUUCGGCAUCUCAGGACGCCAUCAUGGAAGCUGCAAGCAACCAAGGCCAGUACGAGGGGCUAGGAAGAACCCUCACACCGCAUUCCUUAUCAGCGCCUGCAGGGUUGGACUCUGCUGAAUGGGAAGAAGGUAUUGAGUAUAGAACCGGCUCAACCCAAGAUGAUGUAAGGACAAAUCAUACCAAUGAACCAGAAGAGGCGGAUCUCAUAGUCAUCACAUAGGUGACUAGUGUCAUGUGACUGGGCAGGUCCCAGUUCCAGAGCUUUAAGUUACUCAGAUUUUAGGAAAACAUGACACCAAGCUGAUUAGGAUCACCUCAAGCAGCAAGAAUUUUCCAACCAGUGAAAACUUAUAAGGACCUCUCUGUUAAUGACAGCUGUUAGAAUGUUCUGCCAAGGGUACGGUCUUACCCGACCUGUUAUCAACACACAUUUGACUGUUUUAUGUUGUAUGAGAAAAUGGUUGCACCUCAAAGUUCUCACAUUAAAAUCCAUUAUAGCCGUGA